AGGUUGAUGGCAGCGGCAGCUGGGACUGCAGCGGCGGCUGGCCUGGGAGAGCCGCAGGCAGCGGCCGGAGCGCGGAACCGAACACCCGGGCCCCAGACGCCGCGGACACCCAGAGAGGCAGUUCCUACGCCCUGACGCCUUCCCCGGCUCUCAGCGCACCUCGGCCCCCUCCGCAGAGGAGUCGCAGCGUGAGCGUCUCCCCAGCCCUCAGGACCAGCUCACAGAGGACUAAGGACAAAAGGCAUUUCUGAGCACUGAGAUCCUCCAUCUCCACCCCUAGCCAUGAGCAGGCGUGUGGUUCGGCAGAGCAAGUUCCGCCAUGUGUUUGGACAGGCGGCAAAGGCUGACCAGGCCUACGAGGACAUCCGUGUGUCCAAGGUCACAUGGGACAGCUCCUUCUGUGCUGUCAACCCCAAAUUCCUGGCUAUUAUCGUGGAGGCUGGAGGCGGGGGUGCCUUCAUCGUCCUGCCUCUGGCCAAGACAGGGCGAGUGGAUAAGAACUACCCGCUGGUCACUGGGCACACAGCCCCUGUGCUGGAUAUUGACUGGUGCCCACACAAUGACAACGUCAUCGCCAGUGCCUCAGACGACACCACCAUCAUGGUGUGGCAGAUUCCAGACUAUACUCCUCUGCGCAACAUUACGGAACCUAUCAUCACACUGGAGGGCCACUCCAAGCGUGUGGGCAUCCUCUCUUGGCACCCUACUGCUAGGAAUGUCCUACUCAGUGCAGGUGGUGACAAUGUGAUCAUCAUCUGGAAUGUGGGCACUGGGGAGGUGCUGCUGAGCCUGGAUGACAUGCACCCGGACGUCAUCCACAGCAUCUGCUGGAACAGCAAUGGUAGCCUGCUAGCCACCACCUGCAAGGACAAGACCUUACGCAUCAUUGACCCCCGAAAAGGCCAAGUGGUGGCGGAGAGGUUUGCGGCCCACGAGGGGAUGAGGCCCAUGCGGGCGGUCUUCACGCGCCAGGGUCAUAUCUUCACCACGGGCUUCACCCGCAUGAGCCAGCGAGAGCUGGGCCUGUGGGACCCGAACAACUUUGAGGAGCCGGUGGCACUGCAGGAGAUGGACACAAGCAACGGGGUCCUACUGCCUUUUUACGAUCCCGACUCCAGCAUCGUCUACCUGUGUGGCAAGGGCGACAGCAGCAUUCGGUACUUUGAGAUUACCGAUGAGCCGCCUUUCGUGCACUACCUGAACACGUUCAGCAGCAAAGAGCCGCAGCGGGGAAUGGGUUUCAUGCCCAAGCGGGGGCUGGAUGUCAGCAAAUGCGAGAUCGCCCGGUUCUACAAGUUGCAUGAAAGAAAGUGUGAACCCAUCAUCAUGACUGUGCCUCGCAAGUCAGACCUGUUCCAGGACGAUCUGUACCCGGAUACACCGGGCCCAGAGCCGGCCCUGGAAGCGGACGAAUGGCUAUCGGGCCAGGACGCCGAGCCUGUGCUCAUUUCAUUGAGGGACGGCUACGUGCCCCCCAAGCACCGUGAGCUCCGGGUCACCAAGCGCAACAUCCUAGACGCCCGCCCACCGUCGGGACCCCGCCGCAGCCAGUCGGCCAGCGACGCCUCCUUGUCGCAGCAGCACACCCUGGAGACGCUGCUGGAGGAGAUCAAGGCCCUUCGCGAGCGGGUGCAGGCCCAGGAGCAGCGCAUCACGGCUUUGGAGAACAUGCUUUGCGAGCUGGUGGACGGCACGGACUAGCCAGCGUGCGGAGCAGAGCAGGCGGAGUGGGGCGGGGCUCACAAGCUCGGCCCCGCCUCGGCUUUGGGUCCCGGACUCUUUCCCAGGUUGGGGCCAGGGACCUGGAACUCCGCGCCUCGCGGGAGACCUGGACUGAUGAAGCGUAGAUGUGUCCCGCGUCCGUCUGGUCGGGGGCCAGGCUGUGCGCCUUGUCAGGAACUCUCCUGGAGCUGGCCUAGGGAGGCCUGGGUAACGCGGGCGGGCAGGGGCGGCUCAGCAAUGGUGCUGCACGGCGAGGUGAUGUUCUUUGUCCUUUGUCCCUUACCCAGGAAGGGAAGUGCUUAGUGUUAGGCGCCAUGCUUGGGGGGAUGUUGGAAGCUUGAGCUUCACCUCAAAGGGUUGGCACUUCUAUGGGUCUCCCCAGAAUGGGGAUAAUUCAGCGCCUCUCCCAAUCAGCUCAUUUGAUUCUACCACUUUGAGUGAUAAACCAGAUGGCCAUCACCCCUGUUCUGUAGAUAUACACACAGCUGGUUUGUUGCAGAGCUGGACCCACUGACUGCACCCACAGCAAUCUGUAGUUGUGGGCUCUCUUCCUUUUUUCCACCAACAGGGGAAGGGAGGGCUUCCUCCUAGCAGCCUCAGAGGAGAACUAGCAUGAGGAAGCAGGUUAACCCCACACACACACACUGCCCCCAGCGCUCUGCUGUGGCCUGGACUGUGAGGAAAUCAAGUCGUAUUGAAUGAAACAUUUUACUAAGUGCUCAGUCUGUGCCUCCUGCAUGGGUAGGGGUAAGGGGGGAUGAGAAAUAACCCCCUCCCCAGCCUCUGCAGAUACUCCCCAGGCUCCUGGGGAUGCAGUGCAACUCUGGGCUCGGGACCCACCAGGCCACCCCAUACCCUAGCGCCCUCCCCACACUGAGGUUCAGAAGGACCCCCAAAACCACACCAUGGGUGUUCCUCCCCAGUAAA